GGUUGUUUCGUUGGGAUGCCUGAAGUGUCUGUAAGCAGGGGAGAAGAAAGCGUGGAGGGGCGAGUAAGCAGCAGGUGCCCGGAUGUUACCGUUAUAGCCCAGCUCCCCUUCUCGCCCCCUCCCUUUGAGGACACAUGCGCGCGCGCGCGCGCUGUCUCAGGCGGUUUGAAAUCGGUGCGGUUCUAGAACGGCGCGUGCGGUGGGCUGGCCUUCGAAGUGGGCGCGGCUUCUCUGCCCCGCCUCCUCUUUUUCCGCUGCUUCGCGUUCCUCAUGCUCGUGAUUGGCUGCCGUUCUGCUUCGCCUGGUCCCGCCCCGCUGUGAAUUCGUGGGGUGGGGUGAGCCGGGAGCGGCUUUUAUUGGGUGUUCUCCGUCUCGGUGUAUCGGCCGUGCUGUUAGUCCGUUGGUAAAAGGGGCUCUCCCUCCCCGCAUGCUUGCUUUAUUAGUAUGCGUUCCUCUUCCCAAACAGUCUUGUUUAUCUGGGAGAACAACUAAAAUGAACAGCUUAGAGCCCAAACCAAUUAUACAUUUCUAUUUCAGAAAGUCGUAUGUGGGCGAGAUUAGGAUAAGGCAACGCUAAGCGUUAUUGUUAUUUUUAUACAUUCGGAUGUUUCCUUGCUUUAUUCAUGUCGGUGACGAGCAAACCAUUCUAGAUUUCUAUCCUAUGCUCACUUACUGGAUUACCUGCAGCACAGUCUUUUGGAGUUUAGCUUAGCCAUGGCUUCUUCUGACAUUCAGGUGAAAGAACUAGAAAAACGUGCUUCUGGGCAGGCAUUUGAGUUGAUACUUGGCCCACCAUCAAAAGAAGCUGUUCCAGAGUUUCCCCUUUCCCCUCCAAAGAAAAAAGAUCUCUCACUGGAAGAAAUUCAAAGGAAACUAGAAGCUGCAGAAGAAAGGCGUAAGUCCCAUGAAGCUGAGGUGUUGAAGCAACUAGCUGAGAAACGAGAGCAUGAAAAAGAGGUGCUGCAGAAGGCAAUUGAGGAGAAUAACAAUUUCAGCAAAAUGGCAGAGGAAAAAUUGACCCACAAAAUGGAAGCUAACAAAGAAAACAGAGAAGCACAGAUGGCUGCUAAACUGGAGCGCUUGAGAGAGAAAGACAAGCAUAUUGAAGAAGUACGGAAGAAUAAAGAAGGAGGCAAAGAACCUGCACAGAGACUGGACCUAUCCGUUCGUAGCCCUUCUGCCUACCUUGAUAUACUUGAGACCACCCCCCCCCCAAAGCUUUUGGAAUGUUUCUUAUUAAAGUAGUAUGGCUGGUGCCACGUUCUU